AUGGCCGAGAAGGGCGGCUGCCUCGCCAGUGUCUACGGGUAUGACCUGGGCGGGCGCUUUGUUGACUUCCAGCCCCUGGGUUUUGGCGUCAACGGGCUGGUGCUGUCGGCCGUGGACAGCAGGGCCUGCCGGAAGGUGGCGGUGAAGAAGAUCACCUUGAGCGAUGCCCGCAGCAGGAAGCACGCACUCCGGGAGAUCAAGAUUAUCCAGCGCCUGGACCACGACAACAUCGUGAAGGUGUACGAGGUGCUGGGGCCCCAGGGCACCGACCUGCAGGGCGAGCUGUUCAAGUUCAGCGUGGCCUACAUCGUCCAGGAGUACAUGGAGACCGACCUGGCACGCCUGCUGGAGCAGGGCACGCUGACCGAGGAGCACGCCAAGCUGUUCAUGUACCAGCUGCUCCGGGGGCUCAAGUACAUCCACUCUGCCAACGUGCUGCACCGAGACCUGAAGCCCGCCAACAUCUUCAUCAGCACCGAGGACCUCGUGCUCAAGAUUGGGGAUUUUGGGUUGGCGAGGAUCGUUGAUCAGCAUUAUUCACACAAGGGUUACCUGUCAGAAGGGCUGGUAACGAAGUGGUACCGCUCACCACGCCUACUCCUCUCCCCUAACAACUACACCAAAGCCAUCGACAUGUGGGCUGCCGGCUGUAUCCUGGCUGAGAUGCUCACGGGCAGGAUGCUCUUUGCUGGGGCUCAUGAGCUGGAGCAGAUGCAGCUCAUCCUGGAGACCGUCCCCGUGAUCCGGGAGGAGGACAAGGACGAGCUGCUCAAGGUGAUGCCUUCCUUCGUCAACAGUACCUGGGAGGUGAAGCGGCCGCUGCGCAAGCUGCUCCCGGAAGUGAACAGUGAAGCCAUCGACUUUCUGGAGAAGAUCCUGACCUUUAACCCCAUGGAUCGCCUGACCGCCGAGAUGGGGCUGCAGCACCCCUACAUGAGCCCGUACUCUUGCCCGGAGGACGAGCCCACCUCACAGCACCCCUUCCGCAUCGAGGAUGAGAUUGACGACAUCCUGCUGAUGGCUGCCAGCCAGAGCCAGCUCUCCAACUGGGACAGGUACCCCGUGAGCCUGUCGUCGGACCUGGAGUGGCGGCCCGACCGGGGCCAGGACGCGAGCGAGGGGCAGCGCGACCCGCGCGCGGGGUCGGCGCCGCUUGUGGAGGAUGUGCAGGUGGACCCCCGCAAGGACUCGCAGAGCAGCUCGGAGCGCUUCCUGGAGCAGUCGCACUCGUCCAUGGAGCGCGCCUUCGAGGCCGACUACGGGCGCUCCUGCGACUACAAGGUGGGCUCGCCGUCCUACCUGGACAAGCUGCUGUGGCGCGACAGCAAGCCGCACCACUACUCGGAGCCCAAGCUCAUCUUGGACCUGUCGCACUGGAAGCAGGCCGCCGGCGCGCCCCCCGCCGCCGGGGUGGCCGCGGUGACCGCGGACCCCGGGCCGCGCGACGACGAGCCGGCCAGCCUCUUCCUGGAGAUCGCGCAGUGGGUCAAGAGCACGCAGGGCGGCCCCGAGCGCGGCGCCAGCCCGCCCCCCGACGGCCCGGAACGCCGCCUGUCCCCACCUGGCCGCCCGGCCCCCAUCGACGGGGGCGCCAGCCCGCAGUUCGACCUGGACGUGUUCAUCUCCCGCGCCCUGAAGCUCUGCACCAAGCCCGAGGACCUGCCGGACAAUAAACUGGGCGACCUCAACGGCGCGUGCAUCUCCGAGCACCCCGGCGACCUCGUGCAGACCGAGGCCUUCUCCAAAGAAAGGUGGUGA